UCUUCGGUACUGUCAGGUAUUGUUCACAACGGUGCGCGGGGAUAUUGUGCAACAGCGGUGAAGAGACCUUUAAGCACCUUUAAGUAAAUAAUGAAGUGUUGAGUGGUGCACGGUUAAGCUGUCUGCUUGCGGCUCUCAUUUCACUCCAGCUCUCGCACUGACAGGUGCUGCGUACUAAAGAUAAAAAUAAUCCGAUGACCUAAUCUGUAGCCUUUUAUCGUCGACAAUAGAGUCGCGGUUAUUAGCUGCGACUUCUCUGUCGCGUUUUGUGGUUUUCCAACCGCAUAACGUUGUUGAUCAAACUUGCAGAUUGAUACUAAUUGCCGUUAAUAUAAACUCACCUCAUCGCUAUUGCUGAUAUCAACUAGGUUGACCAGUUGAACAGUUUCUCACUUACCUCCAGUAACGACAAUGUCAAGAACGUCAGCAAUUCACAAUCAAUAGCCAUAGUAACAGCUGACUGAAAUAUUAAACAGUGUGAAACAAGCAAAAGACAGACUAAAUUGAACUAAGCUGAGUGAAAACAAAAUAGCAUAUAAACAUGGCAGGUGCAAGUAAGGAGGUAAAUCCUGCAGACAUGAACGACGCUGGGGGAGGCAACAACAUCGUCGGGCUGAUAUUUUCCUUCGUUAAAAAAUUUGUCACCGUCGGUUUGGUAUGGGGAUGUGGUUACAUGAAUUGGAGCAUCGCGUGGUUCAUUGGACCGAUCAUAUUGUCUGUACUAAGGACAGAAUGGAGAAGAGAAAGCGAUCAGCGCCGGCUUACUGCCCAGGCAACCGUUCUUGCUGGUGAACAACAAAUGAUCGUCAAUAAAAUGUAUGAACUUCCGUCUUGGGUGUAUUUUCCAGACGUUGAUCGAGCCGAGUGGCUGAACAAGAUCUUGUAUAAGCUCUGGCCGAGCAUGAACCAAUUCGUUCGUCAACUAUGCAAACAGGAUAUUGAGCCAGCAGUUGUCGCUCGAUUGGCGCAAUACAAAUUGAAAGGAUUUUCUUUCGAGAGAUUAGUUUUGGGGCGAAUUCCUCCGAGAAUUGGUGGGAUUAAGGUUUAUGAUAAAAAUACUGAUAGGAAUGAGAUCAUCUUGGAUGCCGAUAUUUUAUAUGCUGGAGAUUGCGACAUCUCAUUCUUUUGUAGUAAUGUCAAAGGAGGCAUCAAAGAUUUUCAGAUUCGUGGUAUGAUAAGAGUCGUAAUGAAGCCCCUUUUGUCCAUCAUGCCACUUGUCGGAGGUCUUCAGAUAUUCUUUCUAAAUAUGCCCUCAGUCGAUUUUAAUCUAGUCGGAGUAGCCGACGUGCUGGAUAUGCCUGGUUUGAGUGAAGUUUUGAGAAAAGCUAUCGUCGAACAAAUUGGUGCGAUUAUGGUCUUGCCCAACAAAUUGCCGAUAACUUUGAGUCCAGAUGUCCCACCUGAGCUUCUGAAAACUCCUGAACCAGAGGGUGUGCUACGAAUUCACGUAAUAGAAGCAAAGGAUCUGAUGAAGAAGGACUUCAGUGUCUUGGGUAAAGGAAAGUCAGAUCCGUAUGCGGUAAUAAAUGUUGGAGCGCAAGAAUUCAAGACAAAAACAAUUGACAAUACGGUAAAUCCCAUUUGGGAUUUCUGGUGUGAGGCUGUGAUCACUUGCUGCAGUGUACAGGUGAUAACUUCUUCUCUAUGGGAUUGGGACCCAGGAUUUCCUUGCAUCCAAGAUGAUGACUUUCUUGGAAGAGCAUCUAUCGAGGUAAUCAAUGUUCAGCAAAAAGGAACUUUGGACACCUGGGUCACAUUGGAGUUUGCAAAGCAUGGAAUGGUCCACCUUCGUCUUAAAUGGCUGACUCUUUCUAACAAUGUCGGUGAUUUACCAGCUGCCUUGGCUGAGACUCAACAGCUGCGAGUUACUUCAAUGAGUACUGCGCUUCUGAUUCUCUACAUUGAUUCAGCGAAAAAUUUGCCAUGUCUCCGUGCUACGAAGCAGCCAGACGUCUACCUUGAGGCAGUGCUGGGAAAUCGCACUGAGCGCACUAAUACGAUGCUAAGAUCUUGUGAUCCAGUAUGGGAACAAGGAUUCACCUUCCUGGUUUCAAAUCCAGAAUCAGAUAUACUGCAUUUAAAAAUUGUAGACGAGAAGACUGGUAUGAAUAUUGGUACAUUGAGCUACCACCUUACCUCACUAAUGGAUAAAAAAAAUCUAGAAAUUUCUCAGCAGCCGUUUAAUCUGCAACAUGCUCAGGCUGACAGUAGAAUAAUUCUGUCCAUGCGACUGAAGAUUUUGAAGUACGAUAAUCCAGAGCCAACUCCAAACAACGAAGAACCCCAGGAUAUAAACACACUUAAGAGAGAAAUAAAACGUCAGGAAUCGAACAUAAGCAACACUCCAUCUAGUAGCAUCGCACCUAGCCCGCUAAAAAAACAACCUUCUAAAGAAUCUGUGGCCAGCAGUGUCAUCUCUGCAGCGAGUUUUAAUCCAGUCGCGCCUAUUGAAGAUCAAGGAACAACACUUAUACAAGAAGAAAUAGCAACUUCUGCAGUAUCAGUGCCGGUGAAUGCGAGCCCGCAAUUAAUUCGCAGGAACAUUAGCAUGACUUCUUCAGCGGGAGAAACAGGCCUGGGCAGGAUUCAGCUUACGCUACGCUACAGUGUCGCUAGACAGAAACUUGUUGUUGUUGUCCACAAGAUUGCAAAUCUACCGCUCCCGCAAAACGAUCCUAGCAAUGUACCCGAUCCGUACGUCAAACUUUAUCUCUUGCCAGAUCGUCACAAGGAAACCAAGAGGAAAACCGCCGUGAUGAAGGAUAACUGUAAUCCCGUUUACGACGAGCAGUUCGAGUACAUUAUCUCUCAAGGUGACAUAAAUACACGCAGAUUAGAAGUCUCGGUCUGCACCCAAAAAGGGUGGCUUUCUACUGGUGGUAACGUAAUGGGUCAGGUCUACAUAACUUUAUGCGGCAUGGAUUUAACUCAGUCGAAUACCGCUUGGUACGAUUUACUACCUGCAAACCGUGACUAAAACGAACAAGGCAUUAAAAAAAAAACCGGGAGUUACUGUGCUCGGUUUAGUUGAGAUUGAUUUGGUAAACAAAACUGUACUAAGGAUUGAUAUGCUACGUUGCUACAGCGAUAAAUAAAUCACGAAGAAAAGUUUGUGGUUCCA